AUGCUGACUGAUCAGAGGCUGUGGAGGGGGCGGGGCAGGAAGUGGAAUACGAUGCCUGGCCAGUCACUGUUGCGGGUCCUGUAUGCCAGCCUGGCAGUGAGGUGCGCUGGGACUUUCCGUUCCUCUCUGGCACUGGCCAGUGAUCAGAAAUGUCAGCAGCAUCAGCCACAGCGACCAUAUUGUGCCAGUGAUGGAAUUGGCAGUGAUGAGGUGCAGAGAGCACAGAAAGCUCAGAGAAAUUCAGCCACUAUAUUUUCCCGGAUCAUUGACCGCUCCAUCCCAGCAGAUAUCAUCUAUGAGGAUGAUCAGUGUUUGGCAUUCCGGGAUGUGUCCCCCCGCAGGGUCCUGUGCAUUUCCUCGUCAUCCCCAGGAAACCGAUCGCCAGAAUAAGUGAAGUGACAGUUGGUGACACACAGCUCCUGGGUCACCUGCUAGUAACCGCCAGUCACCUAGCACAGAAGGAGGGGCUGACUGAGGGCUACAGGAUUGUUAUCAAUGAUGGGAAGCAGGGGUCGCAGUCUGUCUAUCACCUUCAUGUGCAUGUAAUUGGCGGACGGCAGAUGGGCUGGCCUCCUGGAUAA